AUGGCAUCAUGUCCAAAAGAAUUAGAACGAAAUGGUCCAACAAUUGGAAUGUCAUUUACAGAUGAACAAGCUGGAAAACUUUUUUAUCGUUAUUUAAAUAAAAAACUAAAUUGGUUUGAAUCUGGUGAAAGUGGUUUAAAUAAUCUUCUUUUCUUUGUUGAAUGUGAAAAUGAUGAAAAUAAAUAUGUUCUCAAAAUUUGUGGACGAUCUUGUCCAAAAGUGAAAACGGAAAGUGAAGUUGCUGCUAUAAAUAUUGUUCAUAAAUAUACAAAAAUUCCUCUUCCAAAAGUAAUUGCUUAUUCAUCAGAUAAUAAUAAUGAAUUUGGAGUUGAAUGGAUUGUUAUGACACGUUCUCGCGGAAAACCAUUAAGAAGUUCAUCAAAAACAAAUGAUAUUUGGCCAGAUUUAUCAAUUGAUCAACAAAAAUUAAUAAUAAAUCAACUUGUUCAAUAUGUAUCUCAAUUUUAUAAUAAUAUUCCACGUUCAAAUAUAAUUGGAAAUUAUAAAUUAAAUGGUGAAAUUGGUUCUGAUAGUGUUAAAAUGGGUCCAUGGAAUAAUUAUAAAGAUUUUUAUAAUGAUCGUUUAAAAUGUCAAAUAUCAAUAUUAAUUAAUCAAUCAAUAUUUGAACCAGUUCGUGAUGAUAUUAUGGAAUCAAUAAAACAAUUUAAAAGAAUUAAUCUUCCAUCAUUUGAUUAUAUACGAAAUGUAUUUACACAUAAUGAUCUUGGUGUUCAAAAUUUAAUUGUUGAUGAUGAUUAUAAAAUAACAGGUAUUGUAGAUUGGGAAUGGGCUGGAUCAUAUCCAAUAUCUGAAGAAUAUUUUCGUUCAUAUAAACCAAUUAUUUAUAAUGAUCAAUUAAAAAAUUAUCUUUAUGAUCAACUUGAAAAACAUAAUAUUCCAACUCCAAAAACAAUUGAAAAUUUUUCACUUUUACAAAAAAUGUCGGAUUUUCUCCAAUCUAUUGCUCCUUGGUAUCUUACUGAUUUAUCUAAUCCUGAACAUCCAACUGUUGAAAAAGAAUUAUUUAAAGCCAGAGAUAAAGUCAGAACACUUGUUCAACAAAUUAGACAAGAAUUAAAAUAA